UGAGGUCCUACUCGUCUUUCAGACCUGGUGACAAUGAAGGUCGCUGUACUCGUCCUUGCUUUGACUGUAGCCGCCAUGGCUCAGCAUCGUCCCCCAGAGGAGACUCAACCACCACCUAUAUCUAUAACAGUCGAGGAACUAGUCUGGCUGGAGGUUGGCAACAUCAUCAGGGCCGACACUCGCAUCUCCCAGUCGGAGUGCAAGGCCAGGUGUGAUGCUCACUUCUCACUAAGCGAUGACCUGGACGAAUCUCUCACAGACAUCAUUUGUCAACGGGAAUGUGAGCUGGCUGUCGCCGGCCACGAGGACUUCCACCGACCACCAGGAGAACGUGGCGGUCGUGACUAAAGAUGUCGGAUGCACAACAUCAGGGAUAGAGAGCAGUUUUAAAUAAGCCGUUGAGAGCAAAAUAAUCGUUAGCAAGACAAUGAUUGUCCAAUAAUCUGGUUGAUAUAUUGAUACACUUAUCAUUUAAUAAACACUUGUUAUG